CACACAAUAUAUGUGCCGGUUGUGAAAAAUCUAAACUGGAACGUAACCUAUAAUACUUAAUUGAUUUUAACAACCAGUUGAUAAUCAAUUUUUGUUAUAAAAAAUAAUUAAAGCUAUGGAAAAUCCUAGAGGAAAACUAGAAGACGUCAUAAUCUUUCGUGGUUUGUGCUACGAAGAAGUUCGUGAUUCAAUAAUGUCAAAAGAGUUAUCAGUCAACACGGCAGUGAAAAUUUAUGAAAAAGAUCGAACUAAAAUUCCUAGUUCCAGAUUCUUACUGCUAACCAGGCACCAUAAAUAUUAUUUUCCGUAUUCCGGACCCGAAAGAAAUUUCUUCGAAUUUACUAUUCUUCACUUGGCUCUUUAUUUAUAUGACGAUGAAUUCGUAGACUUCCUCCUGGAGAAUAAUGCCGACACAACUCUGGGAACAGAACAUUUGGCACCGGUAAUUAUGUCGGCGAUAAAGUUGAACCGCUUGAAGUACGUCAAGAAAUUAGUAGCAGUUGGUGCUGAUGUCAAUCAGGUUAUCAGUGUAAGAGACACAUAUGAGAAAUACAGUGAUAUGCUUAUUGAUACUGAUGCAGGUAAUAAUAAUGCUCAUAUUUUUUGUGAGGUGUAUACACCUCUGGAAUUUGCUAUCAAUCUGAAUGCUUAUGAGAUCGCUGAAUUUCUUAUCAGCCAGGGCGCUAAUGUUCACGGAAGAGAUUACAAUGAAGAGUUUGACGACUCGCCAAUGAAUAUUGCUGCUUCGUCAAAUAACGUAGAAAUGAUUAAAUUGCUGAUGAAACAUGGCGCUGAUAUUAAUGCUAGAGACAUCAAUGGUUUGACUCCUCUGAUGAAAACAGCUGUUGAAGACGAUAACUCAGCAAGUCGCAAGUUUUUGCUACGUCAACCUUUUAUAGAAAUAAAUUCUCUGACUAAUGACAAGAAAUCUUGUCUUCAUUUUCCAGGAGUUUGGAGCAUGGUAGAUGAAAUUGAUCCCGAGUCUAGUCUUCAAGAUCUCCUGAAUGCAGGUUGUGAUGUCAAUAUUGUGAGCAAUCAUGACGAAUUACCGAUUGAUACUUAUGGAGACAAAGAAAUGUGCUUUGAGGUUAUGAAGAAGCAUAUUGUUAAGCUGAUGGCGGCUGGCUUUUACGUCUGCGAUAGGAAUAAAAAAAUUGUUUCAGAAAGUGAAUUAAGGAAAUUUAGAGUUAAAUGUGAUACAGAAGUUGAACUUAUGAAGAAUACUUACGGAAUAAUGGCUGGAUUUUCCUUGUUUGAUAUACUGCACCGAUCUUAUCACAAAAUGGCACUGAGGUUCAAGGAUGGAGAUAAAGAUAAGUUUGACAACAAAAUGGCGGCCAAGUUUCCUCUGUACGCAAGAAUGAUUAAGUAUCGCUUGGAAAAAGCUGGUCAGCGAAGAAAAUUGUUCAAUCAAGUUGAAAAUAUUCUCUAUAAAGUUUUUUCUAGAUAUAUUCCUGCUACUUUCAUUCAUGAAAUGUUUUUUUAUUUUAGUAACUUUGAAUUGAGUAAAUUGUCGGAAAUUAAGUAAGCGGAAGAUAAGUUUUAUUAUUGGUCAUUUAAUUUUAUUUAUCAUUGAUUUCUUUUCAGUAAAUUUAUAAAUAUAUAGUUGAGCUCUCAAUAUUUGUAUGCUUGUAAUAAUUUCGUAUUUUUAUGAAUUAAAUGUAGUACUUUUUUAAUAAUAAAAAAUAAGGUAGAGAAG